UUCUUUUGGGGUAUGGUAGAAAGAUGUUCUACACAGUCCAAAAGUUCCCGGCGAACCAGUGGACUGCUCUCAUUUCGUGUCUUGCCCAAGGCGGAGCUGAUGCCAUUGUUGCUCUGCGUGAGGCCUCAGAAUUUCUAAACUCUGGCGUAAAACCAGAUGGUUUUGACUUGGUUCAUUUGGUUCGGGUCUCCGCGGACCUGGGUUAUGCUUCUUAUUGUCAACAGCUCCAUGGCUACGUUCUGAAAUCUGGGUUUGUCUCUAAUACUUUUGUUUCCAAUGCUCUGAUGAGGUUUUAUUAUAAGAGAAUGGAUUCGUUGAGUGAUGCACAUAAGGCGUUUGUUGAAAUUCUUCAACCAAAUGUGGUUUCUUGGAACUCUUUGAUGUCUGGGUAUGUGAAGUCUGGGGAGUUUCGUAGGACGUUGGGGUUGUUUCUUGAGCUUGAAAGGUCUGGAAUUUGUGGCGAUGCGUAUUCCUUCACAGCUGCCUUAGUUGCUAGUGGUCAGGUGAACCUGUUGCAGCUAGGGAAAUCAAUUCACUCCAAGAUUGUGAAAUAUGGAUUGGAAUGUGGGAAUGUUGUUGCAAAUUGUUUGAUUGAUAUGUAUGGAAAAUGUGAUUCAGUGGAAGAUGCCAUUCGGGUUUUUGAUGGUAUGAUUGACAAGGACAUCGUUUCCUGGAACUCUGUCAUAGCUGCGUGUGCUAGAAAUGGAGAGCUUGAACAAGCAUUGAGCUUUUGGAACCAAGCACCAGAGCGCGAUACAAUAACAUAUAAUGAAUUGAUUAGUGGCAUUGCUCAGUUUGGCAACAUAGAAGACGCUGUUGGGGUUUUAUCUAACAUGCCAAACCCGAAUUCAUCUUCUUGGACUUCAAUAGUGACAGGAUAUGUCAAUAGAAAUCGUGCACGUGAAGCUCUUGAGUUCUUCAGUAAAAUGCACUCUAGUGACAUUGAAAUGGAUGAGUUCACGUUUUCGAUAAUUCUGAGCGGUAUUGCUGGUUUGGCAGCUCUAACAUGGGGAAUGUUGAUCCAUUGUUGCACGGUAAAACACGGUCUGGAUACAUGUGUUGUUGUGGGAAGUGCUCUAAUUGAUAUGUACUCAAAGUGUGGGCAAAUCAAUAAUGCUGAAUCAAUUUUCUGGUCUCUACCUAAAAAGAAUCUGAUAACCUGGAAUGCUAUGAUCUCUGGCUAUGCUCAUAGUGGUGACUUAAUGAAGGUGAUUGAAUAUUUUGAGCAGCUGAAAAUGGUAAAGGAUUUGAAACCUGACUCUAUCACAUUUCUUAAUGUAUUAGCUGCAUGUUCGCAUAAUGAGAUCCCACUGCAGAAGGCAAUUCAGUACUUAGAAUCAAUGAUCAAGGGCUAUGGGAUUGAACCUACCAUUGAGCAUUGUUGUUCCAUGAUCAGGCUAAUGGGACAGAGAGGGGAGGUUUGGAGAGCGGAGAAGAUGAUCUCUGAACUUGGAUUUGGCUCCUUUGGAGUUGUUUGGAAAGCUUUGCUUGGAGCUAGUGGAGCGUGCAAGGAUACAAUGGUUGCAAAGAUUGCUGCUGCAAAAGUAAUUGAAUUGGAGGGUGCGGAUGAUUACGUUUACGUCAUGAUGUCUAACAUGUUUGCAUAUCAUGGCAAAUGGAGAGAGAUGAGUUUGCUGAGAAAGUUCAUGAGAGAUAAAGGUGUAAGAAAAGAAACUGGUUGUAGUUGGAUUGAAGUUGAAAAUGCCAUGUCAAAUACAUCCAUAUAGUCCUCUAAAGUCCUUUAGGGACAUUUCAUUAGUUAAUAACUUAAAUCUCCAUAUUAGAGAUUUUAAAUUUGAAUCAUGGGAUGGGUGGAGAUUGUAUAAGGAAGGGAAGGGCCAAUAUUUGUAGUUACAUUGGUUUUGGAUAGCUUCUGCGGUGAUGAACUGCCAAUUAUGGAAGGAACAACAUUUUUUGUGAUGGGCAACAAUGCCUUGAUAGAAAAUAGUUGAUACCAUGGGUAAAUCAAGUCGAGAUAGUAUU